UCUGGUUGUGCGUGGCUAGAGCAGAGGCUGAUCAAGCGCUCAGUGCAUGGGCUUCUAGUGCUACUCCUAGCAAAAAAUGAAUUGGGUAAGGAACAGUUAAUAAGAAAAUGUGCCUCGCUAACUGUGCACAUGACAACAAAGAGCUGGCAGCUCCUGAAGGAAAAGGGCUUGUACGGCUGCCGUUCAAACUUGUCAGUCAGCCCGUGCCGGCAGCCUCAGCGGCUGCUUCCCCAGCAUACGCUCGUUACAUGUGUCUGGCCUGAUCUGUACAUCUGCUCAGAGACGCUCCUGCCGGGUCGGGGAUUUCUGCUUUUCUCCACCGCUGCCAAAGCGGAUUUCUCCCUGCUUCUCUGUCACCUCCACUCCUCUCCCCCAGGAGGCUCCUGCUUGAUGGUAGUUUGGGACUUCCCUCACUGGCUGCCUGUCCUUGACUUCUAGAAUGGAAGAAGCUGAGCUGGUGAAGGAGAGACUCCAGGCCAUCACAGAUAAAAGAAAAAUACAGGAAGAAAUCUCACAGAAGCGUUUGAAAAUAGAGGAAGAAAAACUAAAGCACCAGCAUUUGAAGAAAAAGGCCUUGAGGGAGAAAUGGCUUCUAGAUGGAAUCAGCAGUGGAAAAGAACAGGAAGAGAUGAAGAAACAAAAUCAACAAGACCAGCACCAGAUCCAGGUUCUAGAACAAAGUAUCCUCAGACUUGAGAAAGAGAUCCAAGAUCUUGAAAAAGCUGAACUGCAAAUCUCAACCAAUGAAGAGGCAAUUUUAAAGAAACUAAAAUCAGUUGAGAGGACAACAGAAGACAUAAUACGGUCUGUGAAGGUGGAAAAGGAAGAAACAUCAGGAGAGUCAAUUGAAGACAUCUAUGCUAAUAUCCCUGACCUUCCAAAAUCCUACAUACCUUCCAGAUUAAGGAAGGAAAGAAAUGAAGGAAUAGAAGAUGAUGAACAAAAUAGAAAAGCUUUGUAUGCCAUGGAAAUCAAAGUUGAAAAAGACUUGAAGACCGGAGAAAGUACAGUCCUGUCUUCAAUACCUCUCCCAUCAGAUGACUUUAAAGGUACAGGGAUAAAAGUUUAUGACGACGGGCAAAAGUCAGUGUAUGCAGUAAGCUCUAAUCACAGUGCAGCAUACAACGGCACCGACGGCCUGGCACCAGUUGAAGUAGAGGAACUUUUAAGACAAGCUUCAGAGAGGAAUUCUAAAUCCCCAACAGAGUAUCAUGAGCCUGUAUAUGCCAAUCCAUUUUGCAGACCUACAACUCCACAGAGAGAGAAGGUAACUCCUGGACCAAACUUUCAAGAAAGGAUAAAGAUUAAAGCUAAUGGACUGGGUAAUGAUGUGACUAGAUCCACACGCAACAUGGACAAUGGACUUUCAGAGGAGAGCGGCAACAGCUUCAAUCACAUCAGUCCCGUUCGGCCAAUACCUCAACCCCGGUCAAUGACUCAACAAGCAGAGAAGACACCCCACACCCAGCAGAAGAGGCUGAUGACUCCUUGGGAAGAAUCAGAUGUAAUGCAGGACAGGUAUGCUCCCUCUCCAAAGGCGGGACUGAGUCCCAGCGAAGCACUAGUUGGGAAGUCAGAACGCCAGGGUUCUUCACCUACUUGCCAGGAGGAUGAGGUAGACAUUAGAUAUAAUAUUGUUCAUUCCCUGCCUUCUGACAUGGAUGAGAAAGAACCCGUGACGAUGAUUUUCAUGGGUUAUCAGCAGGCAGAAGACAAUGAGGAAGAAAAGAAUCUUCUGACGGGAUAUGAUGGGGUCAUCCAUGCUGAGCUGGUUGUGAUUGAUGAUGAGGAGGAGGAGGGUGAAGGAGAAGCUGAGAAACUAUCCUACCAUCCCAUAGCUCCCUACAGUCAGGUUUUCCAGCCUGCCAAACCAACACCACUUCCAAGAAAGAGAUCAGAAGUUAAUCCCCAUGAAAACACAAACCAUAAAUCUCCCCACAAAAAUUCCAUAUCCCUGAAGGAGCAAGAAGAAAGCUUAGGCAGCCCUGUCCACCAUUCUCCACUUGACGUUCAGAUAGCAGGAGAUGGGACUGAGGAUCCCUCCUUAACAGCCUUAAGGAUGAGAAUGGCAAAGCUGGGGAAAAAAGUUAUCUGAGAGGUGUACCAUCUACGUAAACACCCUUUGAAGAAGAAACUAAGAAACAUUUGCAAAUUUCUCUUCUGGAUAUUUUGUUUCUUUUUCCUGAGAUACAAAAAAUUAUGAUUAUACCCAUAUUAAGCCAUGUGGAUAAGCAGUAGUCAUUAUUUGAAACAAAUUCCAAAAAAGCUGGGGAGAACAAACUCUUAACUUUUCCAGUUACUUGACAUGAUUCAGUGGGGGGGAAAACCAACAUAUUUUUAUUGUAUUGAUACCAAAGCAUUUCUAAUAAGAGCUUGUUAAAUUUAAGAAUAAAGUUAUUUAAAAUA